AGUACUAUACCGUCUCAGUGGGAGAGACUGAAUGGUGUUUGUUUACUUCCUGUUCCGUGAAAGAGGACCGCGAAGGGAUUAUGAUCAUUACUAAACACCAGUAUAACCCACGUGAUUCACGCCAAAUUUUAUUUGCACUAUUACAGACUUUUAAAAACUGUCCGAAAUAUGUCGCUAGACAAAGUCUCGCCCCUUAAAGAACAGGUGAGGAAUUAGAACAUUGAUGCAGAUUUAAAAUAAUUAUUCUGUAGUUGUUGAGUGUAAGUGGACAUGGAUAAUCAGUUGCAAUGUGCAUACGUUUGUGAUUUCAAUGAACGGUUUAGACAGCGGCACGAGACGGCAUGGCAUUCAAGCCUGAGGAAGAGAACACGGCGAUAUUUCUCCAAGCAGUACUACAAACAAUGUGUUCAAGGAACCUUUCCUUUUGUCAAAACUCUUCGCUCCUAUAAAAUCAAGAAAUAUUUAGCAAAUGACGUUAUAGCGGGACUUACCGUAGGGGUUAUGCAGAUUCCUCAAGGUAUGGCGUACGCUCUGCUGUCAUCACUUCCUCCAAUCUGUGGGCUGUACAUCUCUUUCUUCGGACCACUCGUCUACUUCUUUUUGGGGACCUCAAAGCAUGUGUCAAUGGGUUGUAUCUCGAUUGUCAGUCUGAUGAUAGCUUCAGUAUUGGAUGACGCCACCUCCAGUCCUUUGAAUAUAAUACAAAACGAUCUGAUUUCCCAGAAUUUCACUUCACAUCCCACAUUGUCGACAUCAGGAAACGUUACUAGAUUUCGAGAGAACUUCACAGGUUAUGAAGUUCUGGAAAAGAUGACACAAAGACCAGAUGUUGAGACUUCUGUCGACAGUUUUAAAAUUGAAUUGGCCAGUGCACUUUCACUAGUCUCUGGUGUAACCAUGAUUGUUUUAGGCAGAUUUGGUUUUGGGAUUAUGACCACCUAUAUGCCAGAGCCAAUGGUGAGCGGUUUUACAUCAGCUGUUGCUGUUCAAAUCAUCACGGCUCAGGCAAAAUACAUAUUUGGUCUGGAUAUAGUUCGUUACCAUGGAUACUCUAAAAUAAUCAAGACCUGGAUCGCCAUUCUGAGGAAUAUUGGGGGGACGCAGUGGCUCCCCCUAGUGAUAUUUAUCUUGUCUUUCAUUAUUUUAUACGUCAUCAAAGUUCACAUCAAUAUCCGCUACAAGAAAAAGCUAAAGAUUCCAAUCCCAGCUGAUCUUAUAGUUGUUGUUCUAGCAACAGUUAUUGCAUACGCUGCAAGAUUACACGAAAACGAUGGAUUGAAUGUGGUUAAAGAUAUUCCAGCUGGUUUUCCGUCCAUGAAUUUGCCGGACUUACGACUAGUCAUACCUAAGUAUCUGAAAGAUGCAGUGAUGAUUGGGAUAGUUGCAUUUACUCAAACCGUUUCUAUAGCCAAAAUCCUAGCCCAGACCAACAACUAUGAUAUUGACCCAAACCAGGAGAUGGUGGCGUACGGUACCGGAAGUUUGGCGUGCUCACUAUUUUCUGGGUACAUUCCGGCGGGGUCAGUAGGGCGCAGCAUGGUGCAGGAAGGAGCAGGCGGUAAAACACAGGUGGCGUCACUGUUUGGUUGUCUAGUGGUCCUUGUUGUUAUUGUUGCUAUAGGGCCACUGUUUUACAAUUUACCCAAGUGUGUUCUGUCGGCUGUGGUGCUAAUGAGUCUACGAGGAAUGUUUCUACAGUACCUAGAACUGCCGUCACUCUGGCGGAAAUCUAAAAUCGAUUUCAUGAUCUGGGUGGUGACCGCUACCAGCACAAUCAUUCUCGAUGCCGAGAUUGGGAUCAUCAUAGGGAUUGCUUUUUCUGUGUUCACAGUCACUCUUAGAACCCAAAGGGCAGAUGGUUACAAAGCUGGGUUUGUAGGAUCAACAAAUAUUCUAAAAAAUAUCCAGCAGUACCAGCCGAUUCAGUCAGAUGAUGGUCGCGUACACUUUAUACAAUACCACGGACCAGUAUAUUUCGCUAAUGCAGACCAUUUUAUGAGAACUGUAUACAAGACAUCGGAACUGGAUCUAAAACUCCUGCGUAAAUCAAAGAAGCGCCUAGAAGCAAUGACAGUAACAGCUUUGGAAAGUACCACGGAUGAAGAAAAUGAAAAAAAGGUUCUAACAGACAACAAACAGAAAAUUGUGAUUGAUUUCACUAGAGUCAACUUUGUAGACCUGGUUGGAGUGAAAGCAAUAAAAAGGAUACAUUCAGAUUACAAGGAUGUUGGUGUUGACGUGUUGUUUGUGGGAUGUAAUGAUGGCGUCAUCGAUAUGCUGACGAGCUGUGAAGCUAUGAAAGAUCUGUCAUCCUCUCUCUUUACCUCGAUGGAGACAUUGAUAUCUCACAUGGACAGUUAUAAAAAGAGCGUAAAAUGUGAUAGGAAAGAAUUAUUGGAUAAUGGUUUUCCAGAUGAACUACAGUCAACUUAAAGAAAGAACAUGGUUUCGAUAAGCACUUUUUUAUUGCUUACAUGAAAUCAUUAAUAAGAUAAGAUUUUAGAUUGCAAUACUGUAUUUUGGGAAACUUCAGAAGCGUAUGAUUUGAGCGACGUCCUGGAAGCCCAUUUUGUCCCGUUUGAAUUUCGCACUAUUUCAUUUGCACCUCAAGGAUUAUAAAUAUUGUUUGUUAUCAGCCUCAUUUUCAGUUCGCUCAGAAAACACGUUGGCGAAGACGGUGAAAAAUAUAAUACAGCGAAAUAGUUCAAAAUACAGUAUGUACAACUUAAGUUAUGAUGACGGAUAUACGUAUGACACGGCUUCCGGGCGAUAAAACGCUGUUACCGGGUAGGAACGGUGGUGCCAGUAGUACUCAGCGCGGCUAAAACAUGACUCGGGGCUGAUAUCUGUGAAAAAGAUUUCAUUUAAAAUGUUUGUGCCUAUAGAUGAACUUGUACCUGUGAUAAUCGUUGUAGAAUAUUGAACUUUAUAUUCAAUAAAGAUGGGAUAACGAUUGUUACGCU